CUUGACAACGCAUUCGCCAAUGACGGUGGUGUUUGUUUUGAAGCCAGAAAGACGUCCACUUAAAAAACUAAUCUAAUUUUGUCAAUGUGGGGUCAACUGUACCACAGUGAGUAGAAUUAUCCAAGUGGCUUGGCAUUCACUGUCAAGAACUAGACAGAGAAAAUCAUUGUACACUCGCAUUCGCAUAGAGUUGGCUGUGCUGGCACUAAGGCAGGCUAAUCAAGUCAAGAUUCUGUUCCAGUGAGUGCAGCCUCUGGUCGGUCAGGUCUGUCAUCUCGCGGAUGACCUCCCAAAGCGGAUGACGCUUUGUUGACAUGGGAGACUGGUGGACGACACUAACCAUAGAGCCAUCAAUGGAAAACCAUGAGAUCUCCAGCAUAUCAAGAAUGAUGAUGUCCCCCUCGAGGCAUCAUAACAACCUUCCUACAAUGCAGUCCUCAACCAUGACACUGUCCAAGAGCUCCUACAAUGUGUUAAGUGCUUUCUGCACUGAGGAGAAUGUUCCCCAGUGUACCUCAUACAUCAAUCAGGAGAUGGACUCUCUGGGUUUCUCCUCUGUCUGUAUUGAGGCCAGCUCACCAGAGGGAAGCUGGGGGCUGAACACGGUGCCAGCUCUGAACAUGAUGUAUGAGCUGCUCCAGAUGCACCGCCGCAGCCAGCGCAGCCUGCAGGAGCAGGAGACAGAGCAGCUGAAGAGCUCCAGUGCCCUGGAACACCUGCAGAUGACCAACUCCAGACUCAAGGAUCAGCUGGAGCUCUACAAAAGAGAGAAGUCAGGACUGCUUGAGACUGAGAGGCAGCUGCAACUCAAAAACAAGACUCUGCAGAACUGCCUGAAAACAGAAAAAGAUGAGGUGCAGAAGCUCCAGAGCAUCAUCGCCAGCAGAGCCUCUCAGUACAGCCAUGAUGCCAAGAGGAAGGAGCGGGAGAGCACCAAGCUCAAAGAACGCCUCAACCAGCUACUGGUGGACAAGAGGGAUAAGAAACUAGCAAUUGAUGUAUUGAACUACUUGGGACGGGCUGAUGGGAAGAGAAGCCAAUGGAAGACUGGAAAGGUGGAGGCCAGACAUGAGGGGGAGAUGUACAAAUCCCUGCUGAGUGACUACGAGGGUCGUCAGAGGGCUCUGAUGCUGGAGAACGUUGAGCUAAAGAAGGUGCUGCAGCAGAUGAAGCGGGAGAUGGUGUCCAUUCUUAGUCCUAGGAAAUCCUGCUCCAGAGGAGGCCGUGCGGAAGACAGCCUGGAACCGGCCAGCUCGGACAGAGAGGAGGUUAGUGACUGUAGUAAGGAGACCCUGGAUCAGUCAUGUGAUCAUGCUAGGGACCAGUCCUGUGAGCACGCCCGGGAGCAGCUGACCAAUAGCAUCCGACAGCAGUGGAGGAGACUGAAGAGCCACAUGGAGAGAUUGGACAGCCAGGCCUCCCUGGUACAGCAGAGCCAGCAGUGUGCUGGUAAAGAGCUGGUCCCUAGACAGAUCCAUGAGGAGGAGAUGGAGAGGAUGAGACUGGAGGUCCAGCAGUGUAAAGACUUCAUCCAGACCCAGCAGCAACUCCUACAGCAGCAGCUCAACUCUCCCUGCUAUGAUGAUGAGACUGCUGCUCUGCUGAAUGACUGCUACACUCUGGAGGACAAGGAGCGUCUCAAAGAGGAGUGGAGGCUCUUUGACGAGCAGAGGAGGAACUUUGAGAGGGAGAGACAUAACUUUACUGACGCUGCCAUUCGCCUCGGCCAUGAGAAAAAGGCUUUUGAGGAAGACCGCGCCUUGUGGCUCAAGAAUCAAUUCUUGAACAUGACUUCGUUCGUGGACCGCAAAAGACAUUCAAUGUCAGAAAAUCCUCGUUCCUUGUCAGUCAGUAGUGAACCAGAGAUGAGGAUCCCCUCCACCUCUGCCAUGCUGACCAAAUCCCGGACGUACACUGCGUUCUCAACGCCUAAAGCUGCCUCUGCUGCUUGCAUGCCCUCCACAGCUGAUCUCUACCGUACAUUAUGCCUCAUACCAGACAGGAGCUCCUCUUCUGUAGGCAGUUCAACACAAGGGAGCUGGCAGGAGUCCAACACCAUCCACAGUAGAGAAGAUACUCCGGUCAGGUCAAAGCAUAGACAUGGAGGUGGAGACUGCUGCAGUAUCUUCUCUUUAGGGUCAGAGGAAAACAGCCUCAACUGAAGACACACUAGUACCAUUGUGUUACUGUGGACUCAACAGACAACUCUGAUGACAAUCCAUGGCAGUGUUCAUUAGACACCAAACAGAAGAAAAUGGACUGAAACAGGGAAAGAAUACCUGGAUUUGUCCAAUAAGAUGCACUCAUUUAACUUUCUGUUGCAAAACAUUUUCUGUUGCGUGCCCUAAUGAACAUGACCCAUGUUUCAACGCCACCACUGCCUCAGGAUGCCACGGAGACCUAUUUUUGUGCAACUCAUGUUGCGUGAUCACGGACUAAUACUGAACAGUAGCACAUUGUCGUUCACCAAAACUUGAUUCAUUCAGAGAGCACUUUAUUGGACAUGCCAAUGUUUUUUUUCUUUCUCUUCUAUAUACAUUUUUAUUAAGCAAAGCAUAUCCAAGUCUAAGCUUUCGCCAAGUGGCAGCCAAACCUUAAUUUGGGGUUCUGUAUCACUACAAAUGUUAUCCAAUUUGGGAAAAGCUAUCAAUAGGCUACUGACUAGCCAUGAAUGUUUACACAUUGUUUUCACUCCAGAUAUAUCAUGAAUAGUUUAAUGAAAACUUUAUUCUAAAUGUUUAAAAUGAAGCGCUAACAUAUAUGCUGCUCUGAAAUUGCAAUAAACGUUUAUUUUAAUUUUU